AUGCUUAAUCCUGAAGAAGUUAACUGGAGUGAAAUAUUAGUCGACGGUUCAAACGGCCACCCUUCCAGCAUAUUCCCUAGCAAUACAGUUAUAUCUGCCCGCUAUAAUUUUUUCACUAUCAUUCCAAGAAACCUUUUUGAGCAAUUUCAGCGAUUGCCCAAUAUUUGAUUCUUGUUUAUAUCAGUUCUUCAACUUAUACCUUGAGACCUCAAUCCAGUUGACCCAUGAACCACAAUAGCUCCGCUAGCCUUUUUAAUCUGCCUGUCCUUUAUAAAAGAAGCUAAAGAUGACUAUAAUAGACAUAAAGAAGACAUUAAAGUUAACUCAGUAGAAUACCUCCAUUGGAAUGGCGUCACUUUUGAAAAAAUCAAGUCAGGAGACCUCGAAGUCGGCAUGUUUGUGCUUGUAAAUGAUGGAGAAACAGUGCCUGCCGACAUGGUUUUAUUAGCCUGCAGUAAUGAGUCUUGUAAUAUUUAUAUUGAUACCACAAGUGUGUUGGGAAAUGGAAACCUCAUAGAAAGGCAAGCUUUAUCUGAGACACAAAAAUUUUUAAGUGGAGGAGCUGACUUAGGCGUAAAGCUUGAAAAAAUGUAUGGGUCGGUCAAAGUGGAAGAAGCCAAUAGAGAUGUCUUGAGCUUCCAAGAUUAAGAUUAAGAAUAUUUAGUAUCCGGCCAUAAGCACUCCUGCAGGCGCUGACCAUACGCCCCGUCUCGGCUUCAAAAAUGGCAUGACGCCAUUUUGGAUUUCCAGCCUGAACUACCUGUCCAGGAGAUUAGCUCUUCCUGGGCAGAGCCACUUCUUGCGAGCGUCCCGAUGGUCCCGAUGAGGAAAGACCAUGUGGUAGGCAAAACCUGUCUAGCCCAUCUGGCAGGGACAGGGAAAACCUUCGGGGGAGAAACAAAACACCCUGCUUCGGCAAGCUUUCCAUUGAGACAGUCUACUUGAGCCCUAAAGGCGCAUUUCGCCAUCUCUCUCACCGGUCCACUGCUCCAUCAGGAGGUGUUGCCUCGGAGUCCAAUUUCCGUCAACGUCAUCAUUUUAUUUCUUUGAGUUUCCAAGGGCUAAUGAUUUUGGCUGGGCAUCCCAAAGGAAUUGAAAUACAAAUUAAACAUUUGCUGAUGAGAGGCUCAGUACUUAAAAAUACAACAUGGGCACUAGGAUUUGUAGUAUACGCUGGAGAAAAUUGCAAAAUUCAGAUGAAUAUCAGAAAUCAAUUACGAAAAACCAGCAAGCUCGAAAAGCUGCUCAACAAAUGGGUGGUAUAUAUCUUGGCCUUUGAAAUUAUUCUAGUUAUCAUUUCUUUGUUCCUCUAUUACUAUGCCUCUGAAAGUGACUUUGGAAAUUACCACUUCCUUGAGGCUCUAGUCGUAUACCUGAUCCUUUAUAGCAAUAUUUUCCCAAUUUCGCUAUUUGUGGUGAUGGAUUUUAUUAGGCUUUUCCAAAGCAAGCUGAUUUCGUACCAAAUGUGUGGAAACGUUGAGUUUAAGUCUACCAAUGUCAAUGAAAACUUGGGGCAAGUGGAAUAUGUAAUCACUGAUAAGACUGGAACUUUGACUGAAAACCAGCUCAUGCUUAAAGCCUGCUUUGUAGGACUUGAAGAAUACGUUGAUGAUGAAUCUCCUUCAGAUACCCUUGAAAACCGUCUUUCAGCAGUUUCUGAUGAUGGAAGACAGAAAAACCUUACUGAAGUUCCAUUUUCUACCAAACAUACAUAUAGAGAAGGAUAUGACCAAGACCCAUCCCCUCAAUGUGACAACUCUUUUGAAAGGCUCCGAAAAUCCCUUGAAAAAGAAAACUCUGGCUCUCUUAAGACCAAUUUUAUCAGAUGCUUAGCAAUGUGCAAUUCCUUAACAAUUCAAUGGAAUAAAUAUUACGGCCCAUCAGCUGAUGAAAUUGCUUUAGCUGAAGGUGCAGCUCGCCUUGGCUAUAUUCUUCGCAACAAAAUGGCAGACCAAGUCGAAAUUGAAGGCCCAGAGAAUUCUUCUAUGUUUACUAUCAUUGAUUCCCGAGAAUUCGACCCUGAAACUCAGCAAUCUAAAAUAAUUGUAAAGAAAAAUGACGAAGAAGCUGCAUUUUUAUAUAUAAAAGGGUCACAUUUCUCGAUGCUUGAAUAUUUUGAAAAGGAAACUGACCUAAUAAAUACAAUAAACAACCAAAUAGACCAGUUAGGCAAGCAGGGGCUUAGGACAAUGGUGUUAGCCUAUAAACAACUUACGGCGCUUGAGCUGUCUGAUUUCCAAAAUAAAGUCCAAGCAGCUAAAAACUCACUGUUAAACCAAACAUUGAGGAUCGAGAACGCAUAUAAAGAUUUAGAAGCCAAUUUGGAGUAUUUAGGGAUUGCUGGAAUUGAAGAUAUCGUUUUAAGUGAUACAAAGUCUGCAAUAAGUGAUCUAAGAGAAGCAGGGAUCAAAAUAUGAAUGGCAAGCGGGGAUAAUGAAAACUCUUGCAUUUCCACAGCAAUCUCUUGUGAACUAAUUGAAAAUGAACCUAUUUUUAAGCUUCAAAAUUUGGGCGCCUCCCAUCAAGUAUAUAAAGCACUACAAAAAGGCUUAGAAAAUUACGUUUUUCAUUCAAAAAUUGGAGAAAUCGAAAGGGUAGACAGCAUCGGCGACCUUGAAGUCAACGACCCCAAUGGCAGAGAUCUAGACGACAGCCUUAAGGAAAGUGAGCAUUUAGAUGCUUCAGAAUCCCUACAUGAAGAUAGAUCACAAACAAGAAAAGGAACUCAGCCAAACAAGCCAAUUGUGUUUAGGAAAUUCUCAAGAAUUGGGAUAUCCUUUGAAGACAUCAAUCUGGGAGAAUUCAAUCCAAGCCAAGUAGAUUUUGUUAUGUCUUGUGAUAGAGUUUCCUUUCGAGCUGCUGUACAAGAUAACAAAACAAGGAAACUCUUUGUGGCGUUGCUAUUCUCUGCUAAAUUUGUGUGCUUUUCUGGAAUGAUGCCGAAAGAUAAAUCUGAUGUGGUAAAAUUGCUGAAGACCAGCUUUGGAUUUAAACCGUUAGUACUAGCUAUUGGAGAUGGAAGCAGCGAUAUCUCGAUGCUCCAAGAAGCAGAUAUAGGUGUGGGGAUUACUGGAAAAGAAGAAAGUGAGGCUAAAAAUUAUGCAGAGCUCUCGAUAUCACAUUUUGCUUAUCUUAAAAAUGUGUUGCUUGUUUAUGGUCAUUGGAGCUAUAGUAAAAUGAGCAAAGUUGUGCUUCUAUUUUUAUAUAGGGAAUUCUUUAGAAUCGCCCGAUAAGGCAGGUGAUUGGAGAGGGAAACUCUUUAGUUGGUUUGGCUAACCUGAGCUGGUUCAACUGACUGGAGAGUUUCCUUGCCUUAUCGGACGAUUCUAGGGAAUUCUCUAUAUGCUCGUUGAGUUAAUUUUAUAUUUAUUGUAUGUGAUUUCUGAUAGUGUGAGAAAUAAUAUUCCUAAUUUUAAUGAAUAAUAAAUAUAAACCUUAUCCUAUUUUCUAAUAUAAAUUUGAUAAAGUCUAACCAGUAUGAAUUUUUUAUUUAUUUUAAUUAGGUAUAUUAAUACACUAAAUCAAAGGAAAAAGAAUAUAAAAAUUUUGUAAUGACUAUGAUUAUUUUUGGCUUUUUCCUUGCUUCUGACUAUUCAGGAUUUUCUAUCUUUAAUGGCGGACUUAUAGUAGGCUUCAAUAUUUUCUAUACUAUUUUCCCUAUUAUCGCUCUAGGGAUAUUUAACCAGCGAGCUUCAAAAGAACAAAUUUUAUAUAAUCCUAGAAUAUACACAAAAGGGAUCACCAAUGAAUUUCUUAAUUUGAAGCAGUUGGCCAUUUAUAUUGCACUAGGUCUCAUACAUACUGCUGCUAUUUUAUUGCUAAUAGUCAGUGUUAACCUUUAUAUAGUCAGUGAUUCAGGGAGGAGUUCAGAUUUAUCUUUGCUUGAAUUCAGCUUAUUUCCAUGCAUGGUCCUAACAAUAUUAUGCCAAGUAUGAAAAGAGACCAAUGUCUUUAACUGAAUCACAUACUCCAAGGUUCCGGGACAGCAUUAAAGCCGGAGGAGAGCUUUUUCUGGUGGAAAUGCUUACAUAACCAGGGUGGUUCGCGCUAGUAGCUUGACGAGUCUUCAAUGAAAGCUCAUCUCGGUGAGAAGAGAGCCCUAAUCUAUUAUUUCAUGUUAUGUAAUGUCUUUAACUGAAUCACUAUAACUCAAUUUAUUUUAUCAGUUGGAUUCAUGAUAGGCUAUCUCGGCAUUACUAAUGCCCACAAUUUUACUAGCAAAGAACUCAGAGGUGCUGGAGACGAGCUGAACGACUCCUCAGCAAAUAUUGUAGGAAUUAUCAUUAUUCCUUUAAUUUGCUAUAUAAUUUCGUCUGCUUAUGACUAUUUUUGUAAUUUCCUUUGGCAUGGGAAUUUCGAAGCCAGCAAAGUUAUGCCUGAAUUAUGUGGGAAAUUUAAUAGGUUAGCAAGCUAUGCAAACAAUCUUGAAAGAGUUUAUAAAGACUCUUCUGUAUGGAAAAGCGAAUUUGAGGUUGAUGGAUUUCAAAUGAAAAAAUACUCUAUGCACUUUAAUGCUCCAAAUAUUGAAAGAAAAUAUAGAGAAAGAUAUACAAAUGAGCAUUUGGUGUUUUUCAGAAGAAUUUUACUUUAUAUAGCAGCUUUAUUGGCAGCAUUUACGAUUGUUGCUGGAGCUACUGAAAAGAAAGGCUCAGCCACUGGAGGUGCUAUAAUAACUUUUGCUCAAUUGCUAGUUUUUGGGUUUUCAAAUACAAAAAUUUUUAAGCAGAACUAUAUAUUUUUCAGCAUUUUCUGAAUUUUUUGUGCGAUUUUGAUAAAAUUCAUAAUGGAAAUGGCUUUUAGAAUUGAAUCGGCACUGAUAACGUGUAUGCUUACUGAGCUGUCAUUUUUUGUAUUUGACGUCAACUGGCUUGCUAUGAGCAUAUUAAAUCUUUUAAAUGUCUGCUUAUAUAUCUUAUUAUCUUAUUAGAUAGACGGGCUCGUGCCCUUAAUUUUAACGCAAUCACCGAGGAUCCCCUAGGGGAUUCACCCGCUUUGCGACCUUCCUUCCGUCCGGUCUCCUCCUUGCUUCUUGUAAAAAGCUCCAGUGUUGAGUGGGCAGGCUGCGGGUUUGUGCGGCCUCCUGAGGAGGUUGCAUUCCGAAAUCCCAAAAAAUGGAAUUUCUGGUAGUCUGUCGGCAAAAGGGGUUAAAUCCAGAUCCUGAGACCAGUUUCACGCUAGGCAGUUAGCCGAUUGGUCUAGGUGUUACCUGUAGACGCUGCUGGGCUUGCCCUUUCCAAAUCUUUUCCUCGAGGUAAAAACUAGUCUCGAACUCUGACUUGGGCUAGGCUCUGCUUCCUGCUGAAUUGGCUACCAUAGCAUUGCUGUCCAUUUCAAGGCUAGAAAAACCUUGCCGGAUAUAAUUAAAAUAUGUGCCGAGGAUCUAUGGCCGUGAGGACAUACCUAGACGAAGACGCCAUAUUUUAAUUAUAUAGAGGUUUCCUCUAUAUAGCGCUAAAAGCGCAGACAUUUUCCCAGGAGCUUUCCAAGUUCGUCGGACCAAAUCGCUUUUUGGUCCGACCAAGGCAUUGAUUUGGUGCAACCUACCGAUAAAUUCCGAUCAGAAUUUAUCGGCCUUACAGCGCCAAACAUAGGAAACUUCUAUAUGUCUGCUUAUAUAUCAUUUCUUGUGGAGUAUCUACUUACGGCUCAGGCCAUUCAUCAGAGCAUGUAGCCCUCGACAUUUUAACCUACUGCACCUUAGUCGCUGCUGUAACGGUCACAUCUUCAAUUUCUUCCCGUGAAAUUGAAAAAUCCAAACGUAUGGAGCACAAGCUUCUCCACGACAUAGAAGCCGAAUUCCAAAGCAACAACUCAAUUCUCAGCCAACUUCUCCCUGCAUUUGUGCGAAACCGUGUAAAAGAAGGCACAAGAUAUAUUGCAGAAGACCAAGGAGAAGUCACAAUAGUAUUCUGCGAUAUAUGUGAUUUUGAUAAAAUUUGUAAAGAAUAUAACCCUGACGAGCUGACAUCUUUUCUUGAUACAUUUUUCCAGACAUUAGAUCAGAUGUGUGAAACCAGUGGGAUAACAAAGAUUGAAACUGUAGGAAAAACGUAUAUGGCUUGUGCAGGAUUGAAAGAUUUUGAGUUUGACUUGAGCGAUGAUCUGAGGAAGAUACCUCAUGCCAGAAGAGGGAUUGAGAUGAGUUUGGCUAUUUUAGAUUUGGUACAGAAUAUUGAAUUAAAGUUUGGAGGGAAACUGCAAGUAAAAAUUGGAAUAAAUAGCGGAAAAGUUACAGCAGGAGUUGUAGGACACCAUAAACCACAGUUUUCAUUAGUUGGGGACACUGUAAACACAGCUUCUCGUAUGUGCUCUACUAUUGACUUGCCGAAUCAAAUACAGAUAACUACUGAAACUUUUAAUAUGAUUGGAGAUGCAAAAGGGUUAAGUUUUUUAAAAAAUGAAGUUGAAGCCAAAGGCAAAGGCAAAAUGAAGACUUUUUAUGUUUAUGUAGACAAAAAUAGCGAUGAAAAUCCUGAUAAUAACAUUAUUGAGUCACAAAAAAAUUCCAAAAAGCCAUCACUUAUGGUUCCUUCUCUGGGGGGAUUGACAACUGGUUCAAGAGCGUCAUAUGCAAGCAAUGCAUCCAAUGAAGGAGAAAACUCGUCUAAAAGGACUCAGGAAACUUUUAGAGAAAAGUUUGAUUUCAGCAUGAAAAAUACCAAAAAUACCAAAAGGAAGCCAGAAAAUAGAGUCAUUAAUUUUAACUUCAAAGAAACAGACGAAGAAAAAGAGCUGAGGCUCAGCAAAACCAAAGAAAACGCCAUUGUUUUAUUUUAUGGUCUUUACGUAGCCGUUUUUACUUAUUGCUUGCUGCUUUUGUACUAUGGACUUAAAUGAUGGUAUGUCUCUGGCUACAAUGAAGAUUCCAUACUGAUUGGAAGAAUCAUUGAUGUGGUAUUUCUUGUCGUUUGCCUAAUAGUUCACAGGAAGUUUUAUUUAUUCAGGUGCUAUCCAUUAUUGAUCGUAAUCUGCUUAGUUUGGCUGCUUAUUGUAGUUCUAUUUAACAUUGGUUAUAACACUGAUGCACAAGCUGAUAUGUCAGCAUUAGAAGUCAUGUACCUGAUUCUUAUCCUAUCUCAUAUAUCAGGCGGGAACUUUAUUGUCCACUGCAUAUCCCUUAUUGUGGUCUUUUUCACAUGGCUUGCUCUUGCAGUAACCAAAGGAGGUGCAUCAGAAUACGUACUGAAUAUUGUCAUUGUAGCCAGUUCUGCAUUUAUUAACGUAAUUGCAGGGUAUACAAGAGAGCAAAAAGUCAGGAUAAAUUUCAAUCUUACCAAAGCUGCGAACAUAGAAAACCAGAAAACUGAACAAUUGCUCUCAUUUAUGAUGCCGAGGUUUGUCCUUGAAAAAUAUAAGCAAUUUCGUGCUACAACUGAUAGACUUUUCCAGCCCGUGCGAUCUGGCCUUCAGUUGGCCGCCACUUGCUUAGGAUGGUCCAUCGGCCCGAUAAAAAGGGUGACAUCGGAAAGGCCCAGUGACGUCACCAAUUGGAGUCUACUGGGGUGAGCCCUUGUGGCUUAGUUAGUUAAAUCACCCUGCGGAACCAGAGAAGCACGUUAAACACUCUAAGUAAUUUUAAGUUUAAGUUUAAGAUAGACUUUUCCAAGUAACUUUACUAUUUGCUGAUAUUGUUGGGUUUACUGCUUGGAGCUCAGAUAAAACACCAAUUGAAGUUGUGGAGAUGCUCUCAAAUCUUUUUACGAGAUUUGACAAGAAAUGCAUAGAAUUUAAUGUUUAUAAGGUGCAUACAAUUGGUGAUUGCUAUGUGGUGAUGGGAAUCACAAAUGAUAUCCACAGAGAUGUCAGUGCAGAAUGCUUGAAUAUGCUGAAAAUGGCUCAAGCAAUGAUACAUAUAAUUAAUCAGGUCAAUGAAGAGCACAACUCAAGCCUUAACAUGAGAAUAGGUCUCCACACAGGUGAAGUCAUUGCAGGGAUUAUUGGGACCACUGUUGUUAGGUAUGAUAUUUAUGGACCUGAUGUAUUAUUAGCAAAUAAAAUGGAAAGUGGAGGAGAAGCUGGAAAAAUCAAUGUUAGUGAGGUUACAAGAGAAAUUUUGGAAUCGAGGAUCCCGGAUAAGCUGCAAUAUAACUUCAAUAAAGAAAUUGUAGCAAAAAGCAUUGACAGAGCUUUGAAGUGCUAUUUUGUGACAACUCCUAGUGAUUUGUUUGCACUGUAA